UUGUAUGGUGGCUUAUAAUUUGUAAACCACACGAACCACGGUUCACCAACUGACACAACGCGAAAUGAUAAACGCAAAUUAAUGAGCUCACAUGAAAAGGGUUUUGUUUGAUCGAAAGAGAGUAUUGUUUGAGCACAAUAGGUGAAAAGUUUGGGUAAAGUGAAGUCACUAAUUAUUUUCUUGUAUACGUACUCAACUAUGGAGGUCGAAGGAGAGCAGUUUUUGCGUCGCAAGUUUUUGCAUUUGUUUCAAAGUUAUCAACACACGCGACCUGGCGUUGUAAUCCAGGAAGAUGCUAAAAUACAUGGCGAGCAGCUUGACAACAUUUUGAGAAAACAAUUGCAAAGUCGGGGCAUGUCAAACGACCUCGUCGAGCAACGCGUGGAAGAAUUUAACGCAGGAUGGCUUAGGCCAGCGUUUGCCUACUUCUCGGAGAUGGUAAAGUUUUCCAAAAAUCCCGAGGCUAUCUCCGAGGACGAGUUUGUGCAAUUUAAGAUGUCGAUACGAGACUACAUACGUGAGAAUGGAGUCCUUCCCCCUUGGUUCGAGAACUCAUUACGUAUGUCGUACGAAAAAUGUUGGGCGAACGACAAGGGACUUUUAACAGAAGAUAGCAUGGAACUCCUACCAGGUGUGACGAGUGGCAUUAAAAGCGUUUGCCAUCAACAUUUGACGGAAAACAAUAACAAAACGAUCGAUUUGGUGACGUUUCUCUGCUACGUUAAAGAUUUUUACUGCAACGAAGAUCCCAAUCAUGUCAGUAAAUUCAUUCAUGGUUACGUGGAACAGUAAAACUAUUAGACAGUCAACAAUAUACAUGGCCUCUCAAGCGACAUAUUGGCUUGCUCGAUACAUUUUAUGCUCAGCCUGAAUUUUCACCAUAGAUGUAAAGUUACGUAAUCAGUAUUUCGUGGCUAUGAACUCAUUUGUCAACGAACUGAUUUCUUCAUGUAGAGUAAUUUGACACGUUGCCUUUUUUGCUGCUUAUUUGACAAAUUAUCAUACAAUAACUCAUAUUGCUAUAAUUAUGGUAUUAUCAUGUAAAUUGCUUCAGAGAUUUGUCAGCUUCGCUGACAGGUGGUAAUGCAGGUAUUCUACUUUAUUUGAAUGCUUUCAACACUACACCUGCAGUGUGGCCAGUUUUUUCGAGGGUAUAUUUAGUCCCUAUCAGUGGAAAAAAAUAUCACAUGAAGCGAAAAUUA